AUUUACUUACAAACUCCCUUCCAUAAUCGUUAUAUUUGAUCUUUUAGCACAGUACCUUUAGUUUGCUUUGCUUGAUCUAUUCAUGUUCAAGGGUAGUCCCCUUGACCUCAGCAGUGGUGUUAAUGAAUUGGGACCAGUUUUGCUGUUCGGACAAUUAGACAUGGCUUGGCUGGAGAAUGUUGACUCCGGUCAAGUUUCAUGUGAGCUCGCUGUCUGGGACAUCCCAAUAUCUUCUUGGAAGAUGUCCCUCUGAGGUCUUUGAGAUGGAAGCGUAUCCAUCACCUUCUUCCCUUAGCUGUUUCAUAUUGAGAACAAAAAUUUAACUCAGAAAAAUCAAACAUCCAAGAAUAAUAUAUUUAGGGAAAUAUUAAAUAAAUGAAAAGUUAAUAUAAGGUCACCUA